GAUUGACUUUACAUAUCUCCAGACUUGCUCAGGCUUAAGUUUGACAUUUACUGCUCUUCCUCGAGUUUAGUUCAUCCCCCAGUGCCCCAAAACCAUCCAGUCAGCAGAUUGCGGACACCCGAGGUUCCUGUCGGCAUAGCGCUCACAAAAGUUGCAUCAUCUUCGAUCUCGACCUAGAUAGCACACAUGUCUCUCUGCGCAUCCCUCAGACGGACAACAGCGCCGCUGAGCUGGGCCUCGCGGACACACACAGCAAUUGCCAUGCCGCUGCGCGCAAAAGUCACGAAUCCCGCCUGGAUGAGCGGGACAAGGAGGUAUGCUACACCCACAGCAGACGUUCUCAAGGCGCAGCAAGACGACGACCCUGACGAUGUCAUCUUCACCAACAACUACGGCGUGCGCAGCAUCGAGCUCAACCGUCCAAAAAAGCUCAACUCACUCAAUGGCUCCAUGGCCCGCAAGAUCAUCCCCCGGUUGCAGGAGUGGGCCAAGUCGGAAAUGGCAGGUGUCGUCAUCAUCAAGGGUGCGGGUCGAGCCUUUUGCGCCGGAGGAGACGUCGCAGCACUCGCAAACUGGAACAGAGAAGGGCCUAAGGGACAGCAGAGGAGCUCGGAUUACUUUGGACUGGAAUACAAGCUGGAUCAUCUGAUCGCCACAUACACAAAGCCCUAUGUCGCUUUCAUGGACGGCAUCACUAUGGGUGGAGGCGUCGGACUAUCCAUCCACGCGCCCUUCCGAAUCGCGACCGAGAACACCCUCUUCGCCAUGCCCGAGACGACCAUAGGCUUCUUCCCAGACGUAGGCGCAUCUUUCUUUCUCCCCCGGAUGGAGGGCUCGCUAGGCGUGUACCUCGCCCUCACCUCUGAGCAGCUCAAAGGUAUCGACGCCUUCUACCACGGUGUCGCAACUCACUACAUCCAUUCCUCCACCCUCCAGCAACUAGAGUCCCGUCUCGCAGAAUUGCAAUUCCCCGACUAUAUGGAACUCAACGACCGCUUCAAGAUCAUAAACGCAACCAUCGAAGAAUACAGCACCGGUCUCCCCGCCGACAAGCCCACCAUCUCUGGGGAACUCCGUAAGACAAUCGACCGCGUAUUCCACCAGGACCAACCAAACAUCAAGGCUAUUCUCACAUCCCUCGAGCAAGUCCGCGACAACGCACCGACGCCCGAGCUGCAGACAUGGGCCACCAAGACGCUCGACACGAUCCAGACCCGCUCCCCCAUCUCCGUCGCAGUCACUCUCCAGCAAAUGCGCGUCGGUCGCCAAUGGUCUAUUGCCCAGACCUUCCAGAAAGAGUACGAAAUCGCCUCGCAGUUCAUGGCGCAUCCCGAUUUCGUCGAGGGCGUGACAGCGCGUCUCAUCGAGCGCAAGAAGGAGCGUCCAAACUGGGCGCCCAACACUCUCGACGACGUCAAGGGGAGGGAUGUUGAUGAAUUCUUCGUUGGUAGCGCUAGUGGACAGAGCUUGCCGCUCAUCAGCGAUGCCGAUUACAACGAGUACCCACAUGCAUGGAUUGGGCUGCCCAGGGACGAUGAGAUUCUCCGGGAGGCGGGCGGCAAGAAGAGCGAGGAUGUUGUGGCGAGUUUGUUGGAGAAGUACGAGGGGAAGCAGGGCGUGAGGGAGAAGAUCAAGGAGGUUCUGGAUAGGUAUGCUGCGUAGGCAUAGCAAAUAUCUAGUCGUUGUCGCUGUGCUGUCACCAGCAGUGAGGUGUGGGCUGAAGCUAUAUGCAUCAUUUGUGAGCGGCAUGUUGAAAUGUGAAGUAUACUAAGCCUAUUCCCUUAUCUUUCUUUUUA